AAUAAAAUAUCAAUAAAUAUUUUAUACAAUAACAUGUCAUAGUUCUUAGUAUCUCAUAGUAUAUAAUAUAACUAGUCUUUUUUUAAUACUUCAUUAUAUAUUUUAUUUUCCCGAAAGAAAUGUUAUUUCGUUAUUAGUUAACACUUUAGUCAUACAAUAUUGGAUUUUUGAAAUUUUACAAAUUGACGCUGUUUUAGAUACUACUAUAUAUUUAAUUAUUUUGUUUUUCAUUGUAUAGUUUAACAACUAUUAUGGAUUCUAGAGACAGUGAUGAUAUGAAAGUUGAACCUACAAGCCCAAAUCGUAAUCCUAAUCCAUUUAGUCGUUCCAGUAGUGGUAGUUCUCUCCAUGCAAAUCAUAGUAGCAGUAGUGGUCAUGAAGAUGAUGAUAGUGAAGAAAAAGGCUCACCAAAUAACUAUAAGGAAAGGCGUCGAGAAGCACAUACACAAGCUGAACAAAAGCGUCGUGAUGCCAUAAAAAAAGGUUACGAUUGUCUUCAAGAUCUGGUACCGACUUGUCAUCAGACAGAUAGUAGUGGUUACAAAUUAAGUAAAGCAACAGUUUUACAGAAAUCGAUUGAUUACAUACAAUGUUUAUUGUUACAAAAAAAGAAACUGGAAGAAGAACGCAAUGCUCUACGUAAAGAAGUGGUGGCAUUACGCAUAAUGCAAGCCAACUAUGAACAAAUGUUAAAAGCUCAACAUAUUCCACUAGGUCAUAUAGAAGCUAGAAUUCCAGACGAGGAAAAAUUUCAAAUGUUUCAGAAUAUCAUUGACGAGUUAUUCUUCACAUUUUGUAAUGUUAAUGUAAAUAAUUUUACUGAACUUUCUGCUUGUGUAUUCAGCUGGCUCGAGGAACAUUGUAAACCCCAGACUCUACAAAAUUUGAUUGAAAGUCUACUCGAAAAGGAGACAAAAAACCUUAAAGCAUCUACUCUGACAAUAAAAGCUUCAACGUAAUGGAUUAACUAAUUACGCAGGCAAAUAAAAAUGGAUUUUGAAGUGCAACAUGGUGAGAACUACUAAACAGUGUAAACGAAUACGGGUAUCAUAGUUAUUAGUUAUUUGGUUAAUUAUUUGUUAGUAAUAUUAAUAAAAUAUAUAAUAUAUAACUUGCACGCUUUUGCUAUUGCCAGAAGCGUUGUGCAAGAAAAAUGGCAUUUAGCUUAAGUAUGCAUUUUAUUUUUUUACCACACUAUUGCCGGGCUUAAAGAUAAUAGAUAAAUUCUUGUUUUGAUAAUAUACAUAUUUAUCGAUAUUUUAUUUUCCGAGCAAUACCUUAAGUCAUUUAUUGUCCAUUACUAAAAAUUAUAAAUUACCUAUUCAAACGAUAUAGUGAGUAGAAAAUGUGAGAUUAAUGUAAUUAUUAUUACGCU